UGCAGCAAGUGUCGGAUUUUGGAGGAGGAGCUGAAAACUGUCUUCACUGGUUCAAAGUCUCUGGAGGCGCAGGCUGAGAAGUAUUCCCUGAAGGAGGACCGGUACGAAGAGGAGAUCAAGAACCUGAGCAGCAAACUCAAGGAGGCUGAAACCAGAGCAGAGUUCGCCGAGCGUUCAGUGGCCAAACUGGAGAAAACAAUCGACGGUUUGGAAGAUGCUCUCACUUCGGCCAGAAACGCCAACAUGGAGCUGCAGGCGACUCUGAAUCAGACCAUGGAGGAGCUCAACUCCUGCUGAACCUGCUGCCCCCCCCCCCCCCCCC